AUGGCUCAAUUCACGCAGCCCACAAGCCGGGACGAAUUUCACGUGGCCAUAAUAUGCGCUUUGCCUAGCGAGGCCGAUGCCGUUACGCUGCUCUUUGACCAGUUCUGGGACGAAGAUGGUGAUCCGUUUGGUCGAUCGAGCGGCGACAACAACUCUUACAUAACUGGCCGGCUCGGCAAACACAAUGUCGUUCUCGCCGUGCUCCCAGGCAUGGGCACAAACAACGCAGCGUCUGCGACAGCAAAUUUACGGUCCAGCUACGGCAGCCUCAGGCUCGUUUUCCUCGUCGGCAUUUGCGGCGGCGUGCCCAAAAUCGCAGACGACGAUGUGUUUCUGGGCGAUGUAGUCGUGAGCAAAGCGAUUGUCCAGUACGACUUUGGUCGACAGUAUCCCGGGCAUUUUGAAGUCAAAAGCACGCUUGAAGACAGCCUCGGGAGGGCAAAUAGAGACAUCCGAGGGUUACUGGCCGUCUUCGAAACGGAACGUAUGAGAGAUAUACUGCAAACCAAGGCGGCGAUAUACUUGAAGCAGCUGCAAAGCGCCGAUGCGAAGGCUGCUGCAAAGAAGCGACGACGGUCAAAAUAUCAGUAUCCGGGAAUCACUGAAAACAAGCUGUAUUUACCGGGUUACGUUCAUCGGCACUUGAAAAAAUGUGACAUCUGCAGCAGAUUCGACAGCACUUGCGAUGCAGCUGCCAUGACAUCCUGCGCCGAACUUGGGUGCGAAGAGAACAUGCUCGUCCAACGAGACAUGUUUGAAGAUGACGGCGAUUUCAGCUCCAACAUCUUCAUUGGACGGAUAGGCUCCGGCAACACUGUGAUGAAGAGCGGGGAAAUUCGCGACUGGAUUGCCAGAAAGCACAAUCUCAUCGCUUUUGAGAUGGAGGGCGCUGGAGCAUGGGAUGAGGUCCCGUGCCUCGUGGUGAAGGGCGUUUGCGACUAUGCGGACAGCCAUAAGAAUAAACUAUGGCAGAACUUUGCGGCUGCUACUGCUGCGAGUGUGAUGAAGGCCAUUUUAGAUCGCUAUAUUGUCACUGAUGCGGCUCAACGUCCAGUUGCAGCUCCACUCAGUGGUGGUGGUCAGGGUAGAGGGAAUAGCACUCGGAGCAUUUCUGGAAACACAUUUGGCGACAAUGUGCGGAUCGUCCAAGGCGAUAUGACUUGGAAUGGCAACUGA